AUGGUUCUCGGUCGUCUCACCCACUACGCCUUUGACGCCGUCCUCCUCUCCGCCUUCCUCGCUGGUGUAAAGCGAUCAACAGGCCUUACCCCCAGUGUCCGCGAAGACAAAAUCACCGACAACGAGACGGCAAAAUCGUGGAUUGUGCGUUACCUGGCCAUUGGAGAAAUCGUCAUGGAUCAAAGUGUCGCCGUCAUGAGCUCGAGCGGUUGGUUCGAGCGUAAGCGAUAG